AUUUUCUUCCCUUCUCUCGAUUUGUUUCCCCAAUUUUCCCCCAAUUUUCCCCCAAUUUUCGACCUCUCCUCUCAAAGCCGAAGCUUCCCCUUUUAUACAGAAACAGGGAGAACCCAAACCCUUUUCUAAUUCUAAAUUCUUAUCUCAAUUCCUAAAAUUACAGAUAAUAAUCUAACCCUAUUAGAAUUUGAAAUUCUAAAACUAAUCUAGUUCUUUACACAUCUUCCCUCUUUUAAGGCUAGAUUCAUACCUUUAAAAUAUCAAGACUCCCAAUUUGAAUAGACUUCGAAAACUUCCUCUACGACUCUUGAUAAUGGCUUCAAAUCCGAAAAUCUCUUCUUGUGUUGUUGUGAUCUAUCUAAACUUCGAGUGGAUUUGUAGAUAAAUCAAAAGAAUUUGGGAAUUUCGGGAGAGUGCCUCAUGGCAAGAAGAAGAACCGUGAAAGUUUUAAAUCACCUCAACAGCCUUGAGUUCUUGAAUUCUUGCUAGUUGUCUACUUACAUAGUGAGGUUUUUUGAGUGGCCUUCACAUAUGCGCUCUAGAAUUUUGAUUGCUAGGAUCUGAGAAAAUUUUGGUUUUUGUCAUGCAAAUUAUUAGUCUUGAUCUUGUCUUUAAAGUGGCAAUUUGGGACUAAUAAAAAUUUAGGUAAGAGUCAUGGGUUUGAACUUCCAAACCUUACUAUGCUAUGUGUUUUAUUUAAGAUGUUAUGUUAAUUUUGCUAUAAAAAUCUGAUUACAAGUUGUUCGUACCAUUGCUCUUUAUACCUUGUUGAGCCUCUACUUCUCUAAUUGUUUUCAUACCAGGAAGUAUAUGUUUCUAUAGUUUAAAUUUGCAUUAUUGACUGCUCAUGCCAUUUGCACACUUAAAAUUAUGCUUAACACAACCUUAAGUAGCCUUGAAUUUCACUUAUAAGUAGCAACUAUUCUAAGCUUGGUUUCCAAUAUAUUUAGUUAUUGCUUUUAUUGGAUUGAAACGCUAUUGGUGAGAUAUGAAGCCAAAAGAAUUAGCUCUAAUGUGCCUAGGUUGCAUGGCAUGCUUUGAUAUUAAGUUUAUAAUUGUUAUUUAUCGAAGCUUGAGCAUGCCUUUUUCAUGAGAUAUACUUAUUAAAACAAUCUGAAUUAUGUUCCUUGUUCAAAUGCCUACAUUGUUUUAUCUCUAAUUCUAUCAUGAUUCCUGUUAUCCUGCCAAUGGAAGUGUAAACAUUGGUUAUUCCUAUUUUCUUGUUAGUGGGAGUGUAAACACUAGACAUUGUUGUCAUCCUACCAGUGGAAGUGGAAAUACUGGUUAUUCCUAUUAUCCUGCUAGUGGGAGCAUAAAUAAUAGUCAUGACUAAUUGAAGAGACUACUAAAAGAUUUUAUUAUUAUUAUUAUUAUGCAUUAUUAGAUUGAAACUAAAAGCACUAUUUUGAUGUUUUGUACCCAUCAUGCCUUCUUUUAAAUUAAAUUGUGGCUUCCCCUAAUUUACUAAGAUUUAUCUCACGUGCUAGUUGGCUAGUUUUCUUAUUAAUGGAUUGAGACUAAAUUGUAAUUUUAUAUAUAAGUUAACUUGGUUAGAUUUGAUUCCAAUUUUUUUUUAAUUAUGUAAGUUAUUUUAUUUUUAUAAUAGAUUUUAGUGGACUAUUAGAAGGUAUGGUUUGUUGCAUGAUAUAUUAAACAAGUACUAAGCCUUGUACACUUAUGGGACCCACUUAUAGUUGUAUGGCAUCUGUUUCACUCUUGCUUUUGGGGUGUGACAAGUUCUUUGCUGCCAUUCAAUCCUUAUAGCAGGAAAAAACUCCUAAAAUAAUAAAAGAACUAAUUGAUGUUGUUCAAAAGGCAUAAGUUGGCUAAUCAGGAUUUUUGAGGAAACAGCUCCAAAAAGGAUAGUCUUCAAUUUUUUAACUUUGCAGGGUAUCAUGAUUGAGAUUAUGAAAGUUCAUGCAGAAAACAAUUACACUGCACCUUAUAUAGGAAAAUCAUGCUUACAGAAACUUAAUGUUCUUCUGCAAUGACUCUAUGUUGAUCAAGCACUUGUUGAAAAAGUUGUUGCAUUGUUAGGUGGGAAGGAUCAAUGAUUUUUUUUUUUUUUUUGGGUAGUAACUUUGCUUUCAA